AAGAGCAGUGAGCCUGAGCUUUUUUUUUUUUUUUUUUCUUCAGGGGGGGGGAAGAACUUGAUCUUCUUAAUCCUCCAGGGAUCCAGCCACUAUGAGGAUGCUCCAGCUAAUCUAAGGAGAGCCAGGAGCUGCAGCCUCUUCUGGAUGGCACCUCUCCACUGCUUGCCCUGCCUUGUGAUCGAUCUGAGGAGGAAGCCUGUGAGACCCAGGGAGCACCAUGCAUUGCAGGGCUGACAAGCCCAGAGCCACCGCUAUGCAGCAGCAGCAAGACCCAGCAGCUCCUCUCCUCCUGGCUGAUGAAGGUUACCUGCUCCUCCUAUAGGAACGGCUAGGAGUUCCACUGCCACUUUCAGCUGGGUGCAGAGGCUGGCACCCUCCCCCCCUCCCCCCACCCCGCCUUGGCAUUGCUUGGUGGAUGUGUAUGCAUGACUUCUGCACCGAAUGGGCGCAAAAAUCGCCCCAGGUCACAGGGAUCGAUCUUCCAAAUCGGCAGCAAACCGCUCCCCAGAGAUCUUGAUCGCAGGGGGAGCUCGGAGAGCGCCCUCAAGUCCCAGAGAGCCCUGGACCACUGCAAGAUGCUUGUCCAGGAUUUUAACACCCAGGUGGCUUUGUAUCGUGAACUAGUCAUAUCCAUUGGGGACGUGUCAGUAAGCUGUCCCUCCCUACGGGCUGAAAUGCAGAAAACUCGAACCAAAGGCUGUGAGAUGGCGCUUCAGGCACACCAAAAACUCUCAGCAAUCUCUGGAGCAGAAGAUGGGGAGAUCCACCCUGAAAUCUGCAGACUUUACAUACAGCUGCAGUGCUGCCUAGAAAUGUAUACAACCGAAAUGCUGAAAUCCAUGUGUCUUCUAGGCUCCCUUCAGCACCAGCGGAAAGGAAAAGAGCAUUGUGCUGGUCCAAAGAUCAUAGACUAUAAAACAGAUGACAGCUCAGAAGUUCCCAUCCUAGAAGAUACGUCGUCAUCACCGGUGGAUGUCCAGUACUGCUGGCAGGUUUCCACAGACAUUGAGAACACAGAAAGAGACAUGAGGGAAAUGAAAAACCUCUUAAGCAAACUCAGGGAGACCAUGCCUUUGCCAUUAAAAAACCAAGACGACAGUAGCCUCCUCAACUUGGCACCUUAUCCACUCGUCAGAAGAAGAAAGAGAAGAUUCUUUGGAUUGUGUUGCCUCAUCUCCAGUUAAAAAUCAAGAAAAGCCAUUUUUUCCGCAGAUACGCUAUAAUUUGACAUUUGCCGUCAUAUAUCGUAUUGAGGUUGGUUAAUUCAUUAUGUAUUCAGUGUUGCCUAAACUGCCUUGUUUCAAAACUAGUAUAGUUUGAAGAUGAACGCCAUGAUUACUAAUCGGUGGAGGAAGAAGCAAGUGAGAUGAAGCCAUCAGUAAUGGCUGGAUACACGACAAGGGACCUUCUGAACAAUUUGAUGUUCAUGGCAUACAAUAAAUAUGCAAAACGCUUUGAUGUCCUAGUAUUGUGCUAUAGGAAAACCAUUCCAUCGGCAUCACAAUGGAGGUUAACUAUGGAUAAUAGUGGCAGCAAUUAUUAUGCGAAUAUUGAUGUAUCAAGGCCAAUAACUGUACUUUGUAUUUUCAGUUUGUUCUCUCUUGUCUCGAUCAUACUUAGUCUUCCACAAUGCAUCAGGAUUUUGUCCAAGAGCUCAGCCAAGUUUCUACCCUACUAGCUAGAGGAUGAAAAUAAAGUAUUUAUGGCUUGUACAUAUAUUGUAAUCUUGAUGACGAUCAUCAGUAUUUUCCUUUCAAUCGAAUGGUGUGAUUUUCACAAUUUUGAAGAUGUUAUAUAUAUAUAUAUAAAUAUAUUACAAUAGUGUAUUCAAAUCCCCGAUAUAUCCUCAUGACCUAGAGAGACAGUUUAUCAUAUAUUGUUACUAUAGGAAGUUGAAGCAUGGUGUCUGCAUAUUGACAUAGUGUUAAAUCUGAUAGGGCAUGCCAGACUUAGCUCAGAC